AUGGAUUGGUUUCACUGCAACCGAUGUUUCCAAAAAGAUGGGGCCCAUUUCUUUGUCACCAACUGUGGCCAUAUUUUCUGUAAAAGAUGUGUGAUUCUGGAAAAAUGUGCUGUUUGUGGAACUGCCUGCAAGUAUCUGGCUCUUUCUGAUAAUCUGAAACCUCAGGAGAAGAUGUACUUCAAAAACCCUGUGGAGACAGCUUUGCAAUAUUUUAGUCACAUCUCUCAGGUGUGGAGUUUCCAGAAGAAACAAACAGAUCUCCUCAUCGCCUUUUAUAAGCACAGAAUUACAAAGUUAGAAGCAGCCAUGCAGGAGUCACAGCAAACACUGACCAACCAGGACAAAGAGCUGUCAGUCUUAAGGAAAGAGAAUGGAGAACUGAAGAAAUUUCAAGCCAUCGUGAAGGAAUCUCCAAGUUGGUACCAAGGAAGCAGAUUAAACACACCUCGACCAGUGGGCAUCACUUCUCCAUCUCAGUCAGUUACUCCACGACCCAUUUCUCAGCAUAGUAGCCAAGUGGUCAGUCGGUCCUCCUCAGUGGAGUCUACCCCUUAUAGAAUGGCUGGCUUUAGUGACUUGGGACAAGGAGCCAGAGGUCUUCAGGGAAGGAGCACUCCAAGGGAUUCUUUUACUGAAACCCCUUCACCGGCUUCUACUCACAGCCUAUCUUAUAGAGCUUCAUCUGCCUCCUCUGGACAGGGAGUCUUUUCUUUCAGACCGUCUCUAAAUAGUGGGGAUUCAGGUCACACAAGAGUCUUCACCCCUAAUAAUUCAGACCCUGGAAAAGCAUUGUCUCAAGUUGUCCUCCUUAAUUUUCUUAACACCAUUUCCUUCACUUUGGAUUGUGAAGGUCAGAGGCAGAACAGAACUGCACUGGGGAGCCUUCCUGGUUUCCAGCUACCAGUCCUACAGAAUCUCUACCAACAGAGGCAGAUGGGAUUAGCCAGAGGGAGAGAAGCAUGGAACACUCCAGGAUAG